GAGAGCUGCAGAGAGAGAGGGUACCGUUAUAGUGCUGCGCGAAGCCUGAUGCAUUUGAACGGGACAUCAAUGCGAUUCAUCGUCAAAUCAAUUCUGCAAAAACAGAUUUUUUUUUAGCAAACCCAGAAGAAUUAUUCCUGCAGCUUCACGAAGACCAGGGUUUUCUCAACCACACACAGAAGGAUUCUUCCCUCCCGUUAUACAAUAUUUGAUAAAAAAAAUAGCGAGUUUUUGAGUUAUUAUUUUUGGAUUACGCCGUUUUAUUUAACAGUUUCGAAAAUGCAGUAAUUAUAUUGUGAUCCUCUUACUGCAAUUCGCAAAGAAGAUUUUUGCAAGCGCGGUUGUGAUUUACCUUAAAUUAAUUAAUUCGUUCAUUUAUAAAUACAAAUACAGUAAAAAAUAAUAAUAAUAAUAAUUCUGAAUCAUGGCCGAAGCAACUACCGAAUGUAACAUCAAAGUUCUUUGCCGUUUUCGACCUCUGAAUCAAUCCGAAAUUGUACGAGGAGACAAAUACAUCCCGAAAUUUAAAGGAGACGAUACCGUUGUGAUUGCGGGCAAGUCGUAUGUGUUUGAUAAAGUGUUCCCAACUAACACCACUCAGGAACAAGUCUACAACACCUGUGCCAAGCAGAUCGUCAAAGAUGUUCUUGGGGGCUACAAUGGGACCAUCUUUGCCUAUGGACAGACUUCCUCCGGAAAAACCCACACCAUGGAGGGGAAGCUGCACGAUGGUCAGCAGAUGGGGAUCAUUCCCAGAAUCGCCCAGGAUAUCUUUAACCAUAUCUUCGCUAUGGACGAGAACCUUGAGUUUCAUAUUAAGGUCUCUUACUUCGAAAUCUACAUGGACAAAAUAAGGGAUCUUCUGGAUGUUACCAAGACCAACCUGGCUGUCCAUGAGGACAAGAACAGAGUCCCGUAUGUUAAGGGCUGCACCGAACGGUUCGUCUCAAGCCCAGAUGAAGUGAUGGAUGUGAUUGACGAGGGCAAAGCCAAUCGCCACGUUGCUGUCACAAACAUGAACGAGCACAGCUCCCGCAGUCACAGCAUCUUCCUGAUCAACAUCAAGCAGGAGCACGUAGAGACGGAGCAGAAACUGAGCGGGAAGCUCUACCUUGUGGAUCUGGCUGGGAGUGAGAAGGUUAGCAAGACUGGAGCUGAAGGAUCAGUCCUUGAUGAAGCCAAAAACAUCAACAAGUCCCUGUCCUCUCUGGGGAAUGUCAUUUCAGCGCUGGCCGAGGGAACCAAAACCCACGUGCCUUACCGGGACAGUAAGAUGACCCGAAUCCUCCAGGACUCUUUGGGGGGCAAUUGCCGGACCACCAUGUUUAUCUGCUGCUCCCCGUCCAGCUACAACGAGGCUGAGACCAAGUCAACUCUCAUGUUUGGACAGAGAGCCAAGACCAUCAGGAACACAGCCUGUUUGAAUCUGGAGCUGACCGCCGAACAGUGGAAGAAGAAGUUCGAGAAGGAGAAGGAGAAGAACAAGACGCUGAAGGAGACCAUCCAGAAACUGGAGGCUGAACUGAACCGCUGGCGCAACGGAGAGAAUGUUCCGGAGACGGAGCAGCUGAGCAACAGUCCAGGGAAGGUGGACGUGAACGACGAGACCCCUGUCAAUGACAACGCCUCUUCCAUCGUGGUGCGAAUCUCCGAGGAGGAGCGCCAGAAAUACGAGGAAGAAAUCCGUAAACUUUACAAGCAGCUCGACGACAAGGAUGAUGAGAUUAAUCAACACAGCCAGCUAGUUGAGAAGCUGAAGGAGCAGAUGCUGGACCAGGAUGAGCUCCUGGCCUCCACUCGCGGUGACCAGGAGAAGGUGCAGACGGAGCUGGGCCGGCUGCAGACGGAGAACGACUCAGCAAAGGACGAGGUGAAGGAGGUGCUGCAGGCCCUGGAGGAGCUGGCUGUGAACUAUGAUCAGAAAUCCGUGGAGGUGGAGGAGAGGAACCUGCAGAACAAGCUGCUGGCCGACGAGCUGGCCCAGAAGAUGGCCCACCUGAUUGCUCUGGAGGCGGAGCUGCAUCGCAUGCAUGAAAUGAGCAGCCACCAGAGGAAGAGGAUCGCUGAGGUCCUGAACGCCCUGAUGAAGGAUCUGAGCGAAUUCAGCGCCAUCGUGGGCAACGGGGAAAUCAAACUGCCGAUCGAGAUCAGCGGAGCAAUAGAAGAAGAGUUCACCGUGGCUCGGCUCUACAUCAGUAAGAUCAAGUCGGAGGUGAAGUCGAUGGUGAAGCGCUGCAGGCAGCUGGAGAAUCUGCAGGUGGAGUGUCAUCGCAAGAUGGAGGAGACUGGGAGAGAGCUGUCCUCCUGCCAGCUGCUCAUAUCACAGCACGAGGCAAAGAUCCGCUCUCUGACAGAGUACAUGCAGAACAUGGAGCUGAAGAAGAGGCAACUGGAGGAUUCCUACGACUCCCUGAGCGAGGAGCUGGCUCAACUGCAGGCACAAGAAACAAUGCAAGAUGUAGCCAAGAAUGACAAACAGAAGGAUAUUGAGGAGGCUGAUGAUGUGAAGAGAGCUCUGGAGCUGCAGAUGGAGAGUCACCGAGAGUCUCAUCACAAGCAGCUGGGCCGUCUGCGCGACGAGAUCAACGAGAAGCAGAAGAUCAUCGACGAGCUCACUGACCGUAACCAGAAGCUUCUGCUGGAACUGGACCAGCUGCACUCCGAUUUCGACAAGCUGAAAAGCCAGGAGCAUGAUAAAAGCGUUCAACUCCAGGAGCUUACAUUUCUCCACGAAAGGCACGAGCAAUCCAAGCAGGACCUUCAAGGCCUGGAGGAGACCGUCGCCCGGGAACUCCAGACCCUUCACAACCUUCGGAAGCUUUUUGUUCAAGACCUCACGACUCGAGUCAAGAAAAGUUCUGAAAUGGAACCCGAUGACAGUGGGGGGUACACCCUACAGAAACAGAAGAUUUCCUUUCUUGAGAAUAACCUGGACCAACUUACAAAGGUUCACAAACAGGUUGAUCUCCUUGACCCCUUCCAGAUGUAUAGUAUGUACAGUUUUACACUGGUACGCGACAAUGCAGAUCUGCGUUGUGAGCUUCCUAAACUGGAGAAACGUCUUCGAACUACAGCUGAGAGAGUUAAGGCCCUGGAGGGUGCAUUGAAAGAGGCCAAGGAGGGCGCCAUGAAGGACCGUCGGAGGUACCAGCAGGAGGUGGAGAAAAUCAAGGACGUGAUGAGGUCGAAGAACCCCCUGAGGAGGCCCCACUCUGCCCAGAUCGCCAAGCCUAUCCGCCCUGGGCAUUACCCGGUGUGUUCGCCCACCAACCCCCUGGUGAUCCGCUGUGGUGACGCAGUGGCAUACAGCAACGCAUCCUUCCAGAGCAGCAUGACAGCACAGCGCACGCAGCGUGCCCCCAGCCCAAGCCAGGAGAAACUCACAACAGGGGGAUUGAGCAAUGGGACACUAACCUCCAGCAGUACAUAUCAGAAGCUGAAUGUGGAUAAUGGCAAUGCUACAGAUAUCAAUGAUAACAGAAAUGACAUCCACUGUAGCAGUGAGGCUGAGGACCCCUCAAAGCUGUAUGUAAUCCCACAGGAGACCACAGCAAGCUAAUGACCUCAUAUAUAGAUCCCUAUUGGUUCUGAGGCCUCCAAACCGCAUGCUGCAAAUCAGCUUCCCUUGACCACUAUAUUACCAUUCCUCCUGUAUCUUAGAUAUUGUGUCUCUUACUUACUAACUGUUUCUAAAUGUCCUGUAAUGUCUGAAAACAAAAAAGCUGUUGCUUCUGCUUCUUCCAUCUCACCGCUGUCUGUUGUGAGCCGUUCCGUUACUGAGUGUAUAUAACCUGCACUGCUGAAGGGCUGAGCUCAGUCACUCAUCGUGUGUUGGCUUGUAAGGCACUCAGAGGAGCAUUCCCUUAGACAAAGGCACUACUAAGUACGGUUAGGAUACUGCUAAUGGCCAGCAGCCACAGAUUUAGAAUUGCAAAGUGUUAACAGUAUGUUUUUGUCCUUAGGUUUUAUUCAUCAAAUGUCACAGUUUAAAACGGUAUGUUACACUGGUACUGUGGCCAUUCAGUAAUAGCCAAGUGAUUUAAAAGUAUUGUCUGUGUAGUGCUGCUGGUUUUAAUACUAAGUGGCAGUAGUGCUUGGUAUUGCUUUUGGCAAUAGACUGGGGCGGAACGUUGGCAGCAUCUGGGCUUGGUUCUAGAACUCCAGAUGUGCCAGAGGUUGAUGCAGAGGCCCAGAUGUUGCAGAAUUCCAGAUGUCCCAGUAGCUGCAGAUGCUUGACAAAUGAUGGAAAACAAACCCUGUAGUGUUUUACAAAGCCUUAAUUAGGUCUCUUUCUGUAUGAUAUUAGGAACAUGAUAUAUUCCCCCAUACAUAAAACAACGUGCUUUGUAUUUUUUAUUACUAACAAAUAUGUUUUCAGAAAGGAAGCAGAAAGGGCCAGAGAUAUAAUAGGUGGACUUUGUGAUACAUUUCUAAUGUAGUUUCCCUGCAAGUGAAGUAAUUCAACUAUAUACAUCUUUCCAAGUCAAUUAGGCUACGUUAAACUGUGUGUUUUAAGAUGCAUAUUACUCUACUUAAAAUCUAAUUUUUACCAAAACAUUAGUUGCUCAACACACUAUUUUGUAGAGCUGCAUUCAAAAUCGUUUUUAAAGCGGUAUCUAAAAUCAUGUAAUGUAUAGAAUUGCUAGAAUUAUUUUUUAGAUCAUGAAGAUAUUGAUCUGUCCGGUUCUUAGAAAACCGUGUCUUGUCUUUCAAAGGCAUAUUGUAACCACAUUUUCCCUGCAUGAAAAGAUUUGCAAUUCUAAUUAACUUGUUCCAAAUAUUUCAAGCGUAAAAAAAAAAGCAGAUUUUAAUCAGGACCUCCACGGUCAUUGCUUUCACAAUAGCCGACUAUGCUGUAGUGCUAUAGGAAGUAUAUUGAGAGGGUUACCUAACCCUUUUGCCAGCCUCCUUACUUUCUCCUGUGCUGUUCUCAUCCCUGCAAUAUAUUUCUCAAAUAAGCCAUGUUUGCUUUGAUAUGCAUUAUUCAUGUAGCCUGGUUAAUCAAGUACCAACUCCUGCUGCUUAAAUUCAUAGAAACUUGUCUCAAAGUGAAAAAUGGUCUUGCAGAACAACAGCCAUGCUGAGCAUUUAUAGAUGUGUAUAAAAAACCAGCUACAGCAAAUGAUGCUUAAAACACAUUUAUGUAUGUGAGUCUGCUUGGCUGUAUUCCACAUAUACGUGAAUAAUAAAUAUCAAAGCAUUUCCUGUAAUGUUUCAGUAGGACAGGUUCAGCACACGGUAAGCAGGGGGUUGGUUUUAAAUUAUAGCACUGCCAUAGUUAUUGUAAAUCCGCCAUAGACUUUGAUUUAAUUCAGGCCAGUGUGUUAGAGAAUGCUUUUCAGGCUGCCAUCGUCUGUGCAGACAAAUCAAAAAUCUUUAGUUUUAACAAUUAUUGCCUUAAAUGCAAAUAUCAGAUCUUUUGCGACAGUACUUUCCUGUUUGUUUUGUCUGCAUCUGCAUUUUCCCUUCUUCAUCUGAAGUCUUUUGUCGUGUUGUUAAUCCAGGACAGUUUCUUUCCAAAGUCAGGAUUACAGUAGCUCAAAAAGUUGUAGUUUAAGCAAGUCUGUAGAUUAUUCAGGAUCUGGUUCAGUAUUUUGCACUGUACAUUAUGUAUUUAUUUAUUUAUUUAUAUAUUUAUUUGUAUGCAUGUGCAGUGAAACGUAAAUUAUCCGUUUUCCAAGCGCCCCGUGCAAACCUGAUACAGUAAAACGAAGCCUAAUAAAGCCAAUGUGCUGUAAACUAAAAAUACUAAAUCUAACAAAAAGAACCUAUAAGAGACAGGCACAGUUUUCAUAAAAAGUCAGAAAUAAUAUCAUUACUUUGGCUAAUUACCCUUUUAAAUAAUCUUAAUCCGAUGGGAUGUAUUUGUUAAAAGAAAUGUCUUCAGUGUUAAGGCCACUAUAAAGAGCACAUUCUCUUGGCUUCUUGCCUGUCCCUCAUAGCAAGGUUACGCUGGAUAUAAAGGCAUGCAUUUCCAGUUGGUUUGGAUAAUAGAUGUUACACUGUACGUAUGUAUAGAUUACUGAAUGUAUUUAUAUGUAUGUUGGGAUCCAAUGUUUUAUUUCAGUGUGUUUUUUUAUAUAUACUUUGAAGCUGUGCUAUCUGUGCAGUAUGUUGUACAUACCACUGAAGCGAUCAUUGCCACUUAGAACAUGUAAGCCUCCACUGUAACUAACUGAUCGAAUGGAAAGGAUGGCUGAUGGUUGGAGCCCAGUAUUGUAUGCUCAUCCGUCUCUUCAAAACACUCAAUCAUAACUUCAAACUAUAAGAAACGAAGGAGUUGAUCCACAGCUGGAUUCAGAGCAUUUUACAGCACUGGUUAGAGUGAUUGCACCUCCUCUUAGAGGUAAUCCCAGGAUAACCACAGAUAGGUGGUUGAUGCAAUUGAUGGCAAUUCCCCAGUGCUGUAAAAUGCUCUAAAAAUCCAGCUGUGGCUUAUCCUGGCUAUUGGCUGAUCAACCCCAUAACCAAGUAGGUUGAAAAGCUAUUCAGAAUUUCAAUAGAGCAGCUGUUUAAACCCGGUGUCUAGGAUUCCAUUUAAAUUACAGCGGCCCUAUCCUUAUGACAUCUUUUUUUUUUUUUUUUUUAAAUAAUACCAAAUAAUAAAAAAUGUAAUAUAAAGUUAACUGUUUUAUUGUAUGUAGUGUUAGCAUUAAAUAAUUGCACAUAGUAUUCCUAAAUUCUGUUAUAUUUUGUUUAGUAUAUGCUUCGUAGCAUCUGAUCAACCAGUCAGAGAGCAUAGUUGACCCCUGAACAGGUCAGGAAAGGGUUAAGUGAGAUCAUUGUGCCUUUUAAUUGAUCGUAUCUGAAUAUUUGCAGCUGAAUACUGAAUUUUAAGUUAGCUUUUAAGUAUGCUCAAUAAUGUGAUUGCCCUUUGUGCAUUAAACAAAAUGUCUCAUCAGUUAAGACAAAGCUAACCAAGGCUUUAUAAUAUAUAUUCUUACCUGGUAUUAGCAACAUUAUCUUUGGCCCUUUUCAGUAAUGCUAACUAAAUUCUUUCCUUGUUUUUUUCAACACUAGAGAUUAAAAACUGCAGCUUCCUGAAACAUUGACCUAACCACUUCCUGUGCUGUAGGUCCGAUUGCUGCUACACCAUUGGAGACUUACCUACAGACCAGGAUGUGAUUAGUUUUAAGUAGCUGCAACUUUAAAUCUGUAGGUUUGUAUCUUAAUCAGAUUAACAAAGAACCUAAAUAUUUUCAGCACUGAAAAGGGUAACGCUGAAACACAGUGGAUUUUUUAAAGACUUGGUUAGCACUCCUUUGAAUUGUGACACUGCAGCUUUAAGAAGGACUCUGCAGCCUGACCUCCAAUACAAGACAUUGUAAAUAAGGUCCUGCGCCUGUUCAAAUUGAAAAAGCACAGCAGGAUCUAACGCAAUUGCCCUGGCUGACCUCUGCUCUUCUGCUUUAUGAAUGUGAUCUUGAAACCUCAUUCAUAUGACUGAGAAGGGUUGGUUGUGGUUCACCGGUUUGGAUCAUUUCAGAUUGAAUCAUCACCAUACACGAGACAUUUAAUUCCAGCGUUACCGGCAAUACCUGAGACUAUUCAUUCUAUCAACCGUUUGCGAGCUUAAUGCAACCUUCUAGUGCUUUUCACCAACUGUCGGGCAGAUCAUUAAAGGAGGGUCCUUAGAUUUCAUUUUAUUAUUAAACUUUAGGAUUAAACAUGUUUAAAUGUAUAAACUUUAUCAGCGUUGUAGUCGAUCACAAAAAACGUCAUGAGAAAUCUUCAGUGUUUUUUUUCUGACGCACUGCAACAUUAAUGUGGAUGAGAACACACACUUACAUAUGCUACUGUACAAACUACUUAUCUUUGACAAUGGUUAAACGUUUAGGAGAAAUACUAACGCUUGGAAAAAGUUUCCAUUUUAUGAUUGAGUGUUUGAAGUUCUACGUGAAUUACUUCCAGGCAAUUUAAUUUGGGGUUAGAGUGUGAGAUUGGAUAGGUAUACAAAGGCCUCUGUAUUGUGUGUGUGUGGCAAAUUAUAAAGAUUAUUUAUAAAAAUGCGGAAAUUUGGGGUUCUGAAAGCAAGCGCCAGUGAGAGUCAAAAUCUCACUGUUUUAUAGUCUGUCGAAUUAUUGGUGCAUGCUGUAACAUGCUCUGUAACUGCUAAGAAAAACCACUUUCAAUAAAGAUGAUGUAUCUAUAAA